UGUAAACGUCAUGACGCAAUAAUAACAAUAAAACAUAUUUUUCAUUUAUUUUUACAGUAAAUUAUUUUAAAGUGAUAUUACAACAAAACCCCUAUGUCUGAGAACGAGAAAACACAAAUUGUGUUAGUGAACGGGAAACCUCAUAGGAAACAAAUUAUUCUAGCUGAUGUUAAUAUUCCAUAUAAAUUUUCUAUCGACAGAAACAAAAAUAAAUUAUUUUUUUGUAUAAAUGCUGAUGAGUUUUCCGAACAAAGUUUUCAGUCUGUCGUUGUAGAUUUAAAUUCAGGAAUGGUCAAGAUUGUGCCCAAUAUACGUAACGGAUUUGCAAGUGCUGUCGAUCAAACUACUGGAACAGUUUAUCUUGGUGGUAGCGACGGCAUAUAUGAGUAUAACCAUAUAACCCAGGAAGUCGAUAGACCAGCAGUUGUAAGUGGUGUCGAUGUAUUCGAUAUGCAUUUCAAAGAUUAUUUAUAUUUUGUAGAAACUACUAAUCUUGAUCUUUAUGUGCUAAGAAAUAGCAAGAAAACGAUUGUUUAUAACGUCGAAGAAUACGGAAUUUAUCAUUUCGCGAUAGAUGGUGGUGAUAACGCAAUACUCGCAAAUCCAAAUGGUAUUUUCUUUCUAUCUAAGAAAGCUAAAUCACCAGUAAUGUUUGCUGAUAGUAUUAGAAACAUUCGCGGAAUCACAACUGAUAAGAAAGGGAAACCCUAUUUGAUAGCCAAGAAUGGAAUUUAUUUGAUGGAUCAGAAGAAUUUACAACUUUUUAAAAUUUUGCCCUUGACGGAUGGUUACGGGCUAGCAUUCGAUAAUAAUAAUAACAUUGUGUACAGUGACGAAAGAUCAGUAAUAAAACUAACUCCAUGUAAUUGAACAAUGAAAAAGCUUACUUUAUAGUG